AAUGCGAGUUCAGCGCCAAUUCUCCUCUGGCUUCAAGGUGGACCUGGAGCGAGCUCCUUGUUUGGAAUGUUCGUUGAGAACGGACCGUACAUCGUGCGACCCGACCUCUCUGUGGGACUCAAGCCAUCCUCAUGGAUAACGCACAUGUCCUUGUUGUAUAUUGACAACCCCGUCGGCAGCGGAUUCAGUUUCACAGAGGACAGCAAGGGAUACGCCAGGAACGAGAAGAAGAUUGCCGAAGACCUUUUCAUGGCGCUGCGACAGUUUUUCGUCUUGUUUCCGGAGUACCAGAAUAAUGACCUGUAUCUUGGAGGGCAGUCGUACGCAGGCAAGUACGUUCCAGCGCUGGCUUACCGUAUUCACACGGACACAGACGCUCACUGGAUGAACCUGAAGGGCAUGGUGAUCGGCAAUGGUUACACCGAUCCAGUGCAUAUGCUCAACUACGCAGACUUCCUGUACCAAGUAGGUCUGGUGGACGAACAGCAGGCUGCCAAGAUCCGCAUGCUCCAGAAACGCGUCAAGCGUCUCAUACAGGAGAAACGAUGGGUGGACGCGUACAUGAUAGUCGACCAUCUCCUCGUCGGUGCCUACGCUCACUCGGGCACGCUCCUGUACAAUAUGACGGGACGUACUCACUACUACAACAUCCUGAAGAGUGACCAUCCUGUAGACAUGCUGUACUACAGGCUGUACUUGGACCACCGACUGGUUCGUGCAGCGCUCCAUGUUGGCAACAGGACCAUCUCCGACGGUGUCGAAGCCAGGUACUACCUCAUGGAAGACAUGAUGCAGUCAGUGUCCGUGUGGGUCGGCGAGAUAUGCAACUAUUACAAGGUGCUGUUCUACACUGGCCAGUUGGACAUCAUCGUCAAUUACCCCCUAGUAGAAAACUUCCUCCGUCACCUCAAGUGGAAACACUCGGACGCCUGGAAGAAUACAAAGCGCAUGGUGUGGAAGUGACAUCAGAGCAAGACUUUCCGACACCGUCCGCUGGUCUUUCGUCGCGUGGAGCCGGUGCCGGCGAACAACUCGUGGCGGAGUAACGUCGGAAUCCUCAGGGACAAAC